AUCCGAUCUACCAUCUCUCUCUACCGUUCAUCUCUCAGCCCCGUCCAUCUCCUCUUCCCCUUAGGUCGGACGCAGUAUACACCACGCCGUUCGUCUAGUAUGCUGAGUGAAUCGAUCAAGCAUAGAGGGUGUUGUUGAGGACUAAGAAAUAAUGGAGAAAGAACUGAUUGAGCUGUAUGAAGUGGUCAGAAAGGCGGCAGAUGCGGUCUCUGUUGAAGGAAAAGAUGCAGAGGAAGAGAGGUGCCUUGAUGCUAUGAGGCAGCUGAAAAAGUUCCCUGUUAAUUAUAAUGUCCUUGUCUCUUCUCAGACAUCAAUACACAUAUGUGGGGAAAUUUGUGUAUUAUAUACAAGGGAGUCUUGUCGAUUGAGGAUCCUAACAUAGGUUGGCAAAAGUCUCAGGAAACUAACAAAACACCCAAGGGAGAGGAUCAAGUCUUUUGCUGCUGAUAUAGUUGAGGUUUGGAAGCAAAUAAUAGUAAGAGAAACCAUUAAAAACAAGAAAUCUGAAAAUUCUGUAAACGAGAAACCUGGACCUGCCAUUGGCAGUCAUGAAGAAGCUAAUAACAAGAAAUAUCAACCAAAAAUUACCAAACUCGAUAAACCUGAACCUGCCAUUGCCAUGGCGAACUCUCCUGUGUCCGAGAAAUUACCAAAAAUCCCUCCUGCAAAACCUGAGAGGACAAAUCUGUCACUCUCAAAAAAACCUGAAAACCCCGCCCCACCAAAACUCUCCGCCCUCAUUUACACCAAAGAUGCUGACAGGGACCAGUGGCGAGAAGCCAUAUCAAAGGCAUUAUGCAAAGUUGUUGAAGAGGUGGGCGAUGAUGCUGACAUUAUAGCUGAAGUCAAGACCUGCGAUCCUUACAGAGUCGCUGUCCAGGUGGAGACUGCUCUAUAUGAGAAGUGGGGCAGUGCGAAGGGCUCUAACAGAAUGAAGUACAGAUCAAUAAAGUUCAACAUAACCGACGGAAAUAACCCCGACUUCCGCCGGAAAGUCCUUCUUGGCAUAUUUCCACCUCACACAAUUCCCGAACUGACUCCGGAUGAUAUGGCGAGCGACGCAAGGAAGAAACAGAAUGAGAAGAUAAAGGAGAAGGCGCUGUUUAAUAGCCAGAGAAGUGGGCCCUCUGUGGCGAGCACAAAUGCUUUCAAGUGCGGGAAGUGUGGGAAGAGGGAGUGCAACUAUUACCAGUUGCAAACAAGGAGUGCUGAUGAACCGAUGACUACUUUCGUCACAUGUGCAAAUUGUGAUCAUAGAUGGAAGUUUUAAGAGGGAGUUUUUUUUAGUUGCGGGGCCAAUUGUGACUGUUGGUUGCAUUAUGAGCUUUUGAAAUAGGUCGGUACACUACCAUCUCUUGAUGCCUUUAUUAGCUUCAGUUCUGAUUUUUUUUUAAUUGGCGAUGUUUCAUUGCCAUAUUAUUGUUGAAACUUCAUUGUUGUAUUAUUCGACAUUCUUUUUACAUCAAUUGUAGUUUUACUAUAGGUGUUUUUAUUAUAUAUAUGUAGGUGUUGCUUGUAUUUGACACAAUAUAAAACUACUGCAAACAAGUUAUUUGAUGGUAUGGAAGAUUCCUAUGAAG